UAUACAAAGUUGGAAAUAUAUAGUCGAGUAUUACUAUUAGCGGUGUAAUAGGUAAUGAGACCAAGACUACGUAAACCCUACUCAUUAGCCUUUUUCCUCUGAUCGUAGAUUAAAGAGUGCAAUCGCUGCGUCUACCUUUCUUUCUCGCACAGCACAAACGAUGGAUAGGUACCAGAGGGUGGAGAAGCCCAAAGCAGAUGGUCCUAUUAAUGAAAACGAGAUUCGCAUUACAACUCAAGGAAGAAUGAGAAAUUAUAUCACUUAUGCCACCACUCUCUUUCAAGAAAAAGGAGCUGAUGAUAUUGUUCUCAAAGCAAUGGGACGUGCAAUAAAUAAGACUGUAAUGAUUACUGAGCUAAUAAAGAGAAGGAUUGUUGGUCUUCAUCAGAACACUCAAGUUGGAUCAACUGAUAUAACUGACACAUGGGAACCACUAGAAGAAGGCCUUCUUCCUUUGGAGACUACUCGUCAUGUUUCGAUGAUUACAAUUACUUUGUCAAAGAAAGAGCUGGAUACAUCGUCCACAGGAUAUCAACCCCCUCUUCCAGCUGAUCAAGUAAAACCUUUAAAUGAAUAUGAAGAGGAAGGAGAAGGCUCACCAAGGAUGCGGGGAAGGGGACGUGGUCGUGGAAGGGGAAGGGGAAGGGGAAGAGGCAGAGGAAUGUACAAUGGGGGUAUGGAAUAUGUUGAUGGUUGGGAUGGUGGGCGUGGCUAUGGUGGGAGAGGGCGUGGCCGUGCAUGGGGGCGUGCUUUCCGAGGACGAGGACGUGGCUAUGGUGCUGAGCCAGCUGGGUAUUACGGCAAUGAUGAAUAUGAUGCACCACCUGCCCCACGUGGCCGAGGUCGUGGAAGGGGAAGAGGCCGAGGAGCAGCUGCUUGAUCACUUGGAUGUUGCUCGUCAUGUAUAUGUUCUGUUAGAAGAGGGGUUACCUCUGCUUAGUUAUUUGUUAGAUUUGCAAUUAUUUUAUAUUAUUUGAAGCGCUCAGUGUUGCAACCAUGUUUCAGCAGUUUUGUUUUUGUAUUCUUUCCCUUAUAACAUUUAUAAUUUUAAGUUCGUUAGGUUGAGUUAGAUGUGGCGUUAAGCAUGGUUUUGUCCAAAGACUAGACCAUGUAUGCAACUGUUCUAGUGGUAGUUUCAGCCAGUUGUGUCCUAUUUACACACUUGAAUCCCAAUUUGUUGUAAUUUGAUUUUGCUCCUCGGAUUAAUUUUAACUAAAAAGUUUACACUUUUCUCUAAA